UGUCGAUAACAUCAGCAGAGAUGCAGUAAAACAGUUGGCUCUAAAGCGAGUGGAAUGGAGGAACAUGUUACGCCGUAGAAGAGAUGUGUGUGAUGCAGGGCGCAGGCCACUCCAACGACUAGGAGGAGACCUCUUCAUGUAGCAUGUAGCAUGGAUUCAUGUCAGAAGAGAAGGAGAGCUUGCUACGUGCGUCGAUACAGAACCUAUCUAAAUCAGUUCAACGCUAUGGAGUUGAAUCUGGACUUGGACCUGGAGCAGCAGCUGAUAGUCGCAAGACUCUGGGAACAUUCUCCGGUGUGUUUGUACCGUGCACUUUGAGCAUGUUCAGUGCUAUUCUCUUUCUACGUAUGGGAUACAUCGUCGGAUACGGUGGAGUGAUAGACACGCUCAUCAUGUUCACGCUCUCCUUCUUCAUCGUGAUGAUGACCAUACUCUCUGUCUGCGCUAUCUCCACUAACGGCGCUAUCGAGGGUGGAGGAGCAUACUUCAUGAUCAGUCGCUCUAUUGGACCUGAGUUUGGGGGUGCUAUGGGCAUCAUCUUCUUCUUCGCUCAGAUAUUCGGUUCUACUGUAUACCUACUCGGUCUUGUGGACGCUAUUGUGGACUCGUUUGGGGAAGAUGGCGGCAACUUUGGGAAGUUUCUACCGGAGCACGGUCACUGGAAGAACCUGUACGGGUCCUGUAUUCUGCUCAUCAUGUUAUUCGUGGUGCUCAUUGGAGCCGAGAUGUUCGCAAAGACAAACCUUGUUAUCUUCGCUAUUGUGGCUGUGACCCUAGUUAUUAACAUCGUAAACUUUAUCAUCCAAAAACCUAUUAAUGACCUUCACCCACCGUCAGAUAACUCAAUGCUAAACCACACUGUUAACCUCACAUAUACCAGUUGGAGCAGGGAAACCUUCCUUGAAAACCGUGCUCAGAACUACACAAUAGACUACACCACCAAGCGAACAACUUCCUUUGAGACGGUAUUUGCUGUGCUUUUCACCGGGUUUACUGGUGUUUUCGCGGGUUCCAACAUGUCAGGAGAUCUCAAAAACGCUAGCAAGUCGAUACCAUUUGGGACGGUCCUGUCUUGUAUAGUGAGCUACUUUAUCUACAUCAUGCUUUCCCUCGCCAUCGCCUUUACCUGCUCUAGGACGUUGAUACAAAAUGACUACCUGUUCCUGGAGCACAUAUGCAAGGUUCCAGGGAUAACAACUGUAGGCACAUUCAGCGUCACUUUCUCCGCGUCUCUCGGAGCUUUCAUUGGAGCCAGUCGCAUUUUAGAGGCGCUUGCUCUGGAUGAUAUCCUGGGUAGUUUGCUUAGUGUGGUGAAGAAAGGAAGAUCGAGGAGAGGUAACCCGUGGGUUGCAGUUGUCGUAUCGUGGGUUUUUCUUCAGGCACUGCUGUUUGUUGGCUCCCUUAACUUGAUCGCUCCCUUCGUAGCCACCUUCUCGUUACUCACGUACGCCACUGUAAACAUGGCGUGUCUAGCUCUGGACUUGGCUGGAGCUCCCAACUUCAGACCUACUUUCGUGUACUUCAACAAGUACACCUCUUUGGUGGGGUUUGUGUCAAGUAUAGUGAUGGCGUUCGUGGUUAACCCAGUGUAUGCCAGUACCUCAUUUGGGAUAUCUGUCAUGUUGUUUGUCUUCAUCAUGUUCAGAACUCCGGGUUCUUCUUGGGGCUACAUCAGUCAGGCUCUCAUCUUCCAUCAGGUGAGGAAAUACCUGCUGAUGCUGGACACGAGGAAGGACCACGUGAAGUUCUGGCGACCUAGCAUCUUGUUCUUGUGUAAAAACCCGAGGACAUGUAUUCCUUCCAUCAGUUUCCUGAACGAUAUGAAGAAAGGUGGACUUUAUGUAAUCGGGACUAACAUAGUUGGUGAUCUCAGGGAACCAGGAUUUGUUUCCAAGCUCGAAGAUCAGAAUAUGGCCUGGCUAAGUUUGGUACAGGUUUUGGGUGUUAAAGCUUUCGUUGAGACCACAGUUGAUCGCGACGUCCGAAACGGAAUUCAGAAUUUAAUCAUGACGGCAGGACUUGGUGGCAUGACCCCUAAUACUGUAGUUAUUGGAUUCUACGAUACUUCAGAAUCAAAAGAUUUUGUCAGUGAGCCAGAUGGAUUGCCCUGCAAGAAGCCCCUUUUCUCCAAACUUCGCCGAAAUCAAUCUGACAGUCGCGGUCAUAUUGAUAAGUUGCCGGAGAUAGAAACCCAUACAAACAACAGUAGGAUUACUGUAGACAGCUACAUUGGUGUUAUCAAAGAUGUAAUGGCGCUCAGAAAGAACCUCUGUAUUCUGAGACAUUUCGACAAGCUAAAACGUCCAUCUGCUAGCUCUUCUGCACUAUUUAUAGACGUGUGGCCGGUGCCUCCACACCCAGCCCAGACGCACAUAGAGGAUGACACUACCUCAAUGUUCCUGUUGCAACUUAGCUGUAUCCUCCAUAUGGUGGGCAGUUGGGGCGGCACCCGGUUAAGGGUCAUGGCUAUAAGUCCUAGUCAGACUAUGGGAGCCACAGAAAGAGUGCAGCUUGAAGGUAUUCUGAAGAUUCUGAGGAUAGAAGCCCACGUGCAGACAGUCAUUCAACCGGAGGAUUAUGAAACUCUCCCAGAGGUGCAAAAGUAUCAGUCCCUGAACCAGACGGUACGAGAGAAUUCCCAGAACACGGUAGUCACAUUCAUGUACCUUCCACGCCCUCCGCAAUCCGAGGACCGAAACUUAGACUAUCUAGAAAAACUGACCAUUUUAUCGGAGGAUUUGCCGCCAACACUGCUAGUCAGCGGACUAAGUAAAGUAACCACUACAGAGUUGUAGCAUUGGGUCCGAUUAGAUGUUGUUCAUAGAUAUAAACUGAUGUGACGAUCUUAAUUGAUAUUGAUGUAUAAACGUACUUUCUUUUAUUUGAAUAAUUGAUUUUAUUGUUUAUGAUGACUAUUGUUUGUUGUGAGCAUAACUUAAGCUCGAAUAUUUUAUUGUGUACUUUUUUUGAAUUUAUAGAUCACCAAAAAUCGGGCACAUUUAACUUAUUUUUGAUUUUGCAAGUUAUUGAUGAUGCAAAAUGCGUAAUUUUAUCUAUGUUUAUUUCUCUUAAGCCGCUAGGCUUCAUUCCACUCCGAAAUCAUAACCGCAAGUUAUUUCUUAUAAUCUGUUAUAUAAUCACUGUUUAACGAUUUUAUAUGAAGUGAUUCAAAAUUUCGCUACAA